UAUGUCGAUUCGGGGCGAGCAUCCUCAGGCUGGCGAGCGAGGGGCGGAGGGCGCCGGCCGCGGGGGGCGGCGGCCACACGCCGCACGUCAGUCCGCGCCGAGCGGCCGAGCGAGCACCAUGUCUGCGUGCUCGCCACGCGCGUGCUGCCGGCCGCGCGCCCCGCCGUCGUUGCUUGACAUCACGGCGAAGAUCGUGGCGGCUGCGAUCCCGUUCCAGCGCAUCGAGGAGCGCUACGAACGCAUCCCGGAGCCGGUGCAGCGGCGCGUCGUGUACUGGUCGUUCCCGCGGGACGAGCGCGACAUCUGCAUGUACUCUUCACUGGCGCGCGCGCCGCCCGACGACCACCGCAACAUCGCCUUCUGCCGCGGCCUCAAGCUGCUGGAGGCCGGCUGCGUGGAAAGCGUGCUACAAGUCGGUUUCCAUUUGAGCGGAGUAGUGCGAGCGCCAGCCGCGGUCCCUCCUUGUUCAGAACCUGAAAGAUUGUUCCGGGUUACGGUAUCAUUUGACAGGUGUAAAAUAACCGGUGUGACAUGCAGCUGCGAAGCACGCGACAUCUUCUGGUGCCAGCACGUGGUUGCACUUGCCCUCUACCGGAUUAGGAACGCAGACUCCGUACGCCUGCGAGUGCCUAUAUCAGAAACCCUGCUGCAAAUGGACCGUCAGCAAUUACAGAAGUUCGUCCAGUAUCUGAUAGCGGAACACCAUACAGAAGUAUUACCUACAGCACAGCGGUUAGCAGAUGAAGUGUUACAGGCGCGCUCUGCUAUAAACAGGAUCUGUGGCGCGCCCGACCCUACUGCUGGUCCGCCGCCUGAUGCUCACCAUGCUUGGCAUCUGGAUGAGCAGCAGGUGUGCGAACAGGUCCGGGCAUAUUUACUACAGGGAACCUACUACAAUGCUAAUAAACAGCUAAACUCCUUGUUUUCUAAGGUGCGAGAAAUGUUACGAGCUCAAGACUCAAACGGUCCUCGUAUGCUGAUGCUGAUGACGGAACAGUUCCUAUCAGACCCUCGUCUGCUCCUGUGGAGGAACCAGAACACUCCAAUGACGGAGAAGUGCCGACAGCUAUGGGAGCAGCUUGGCGCGCUCUGGGUCAGCAUAGUGCUGGACCCUGGCAGUAACAAGCACCACAGACAUCAAUGGAGGCAACUGCUAGACAAGUGGUCGGCAGUAGAAGUGUGCCCUACAGAAGAUCCUGAUUAUAGGUCUUUUCCUUUGUACGCGAGAGAAAGGGAAAGAAACGAGAGAGAUCGCGACAGAGAUCACAGAGAUAGAGAUAGAGAGAGACAUCGUGAUCGGGAGGAGAGGGAUAGAGAGAGACUGCGUGAGAGAGAAGAAAGAGACAGAGAAAGACAUAGAGAAAGACAAAGAAGAGAUAUGCAUUCCAAUUCAGAAAGUUCUGAUGAAGAAUCUAGGCCUAAUAAUUAUGAGAGAGAAUACAGGAGAGCGAGUAAGAGACUUAGGUUGCACAAUCAGAGACCUCCGCCACAAACAACGCCACGGACUGUCUUUCACAAGGCGUUGGACGCGGUGGAUAUAUCUUGGGAGAGCGAGCACUUGAAGAACAUUCUCAGCAGCGAUGAAUAUUGCGACCCUGAGAAGCCGGACAAGGAGGGAGGUGCUGGCCCCGCCCUCACCCCCGCCCUACAACCUUACCCUAAAUUCAACGACCUUGGACAACCCUUGUGGCAUGAGCAUCUGCCGGUAGUGGGCGCGCGUAUCGAGGCGCUGCGCGCGCACGGCCGCGCCCCCGCCGCACUGCGCCUCGCCGUCAGCGCCGCGCGCGCCAUGCGACAUAGACAGUGUUAUUAUCUCUGUGCAGACAGUCGGGGGUGGACAGGGUGGGCGCUGGAGGCGGUGUGGUGUGUGCACGAAUGCCUGGCGGACGCGUGCCUGGCGCCCGACGACCAGCGCGCCUCGCCCCGCCUACACACAUAUAUGGACGAGGAGCCCGCCACCGGCCUGCCGCCCAGAUACCAGCACGUGCCGGUGGCGGGCAGCAAGAACCCCGAGGAGACGUACCUGGCGCUGGCGCUGGAGGCGGCGCUGCUGGGGCUGGGCAUGCAGCGCAUGUUGCCCCACGGCCUGUACGCGCAGGAGAGAUACUGCAAACAGGAGGAGCGGCUGAUCGCGCAGCUGCAGCGCGUGGAGGGCGAGGCGGCGGGCGUGUGCGCGCGCGCGGCGGCCGCGCUGCUGGCGGGCGGGCCCAGCUCGUGCCUGGGCGCGCGCCUGCACCCGCGCUCGGCGCCCGCGCACACCUUCGCGCGCUACCUCUUCCUGGCGCUGCUGCCCUCGGACCCCGAGCUCGCCUACCGCGUCGGACUGCGCGCUAUGAGACUGCCGAUGGUGGAGGAGGCGUACGCGCUGGACGGCGGCGGCGGCGGCGGCGCGUGCGGCGCGGCGUGCGGCGCGGGCGCGGGCGCCUGGCACACGCUGCAGCACGCCGAGCAGCAGCAGGCCGCGCUCGCCAGCGCACUGCUCGGCGCGGCGCGCGGCACGCCGGCGCGGCUGCGCGCGGCGCUGGCGGCGGCGCAGCGGCACGUGCGCAGCGCGGCGCAGCUGUUCCGGCUGGCGCAGGACGCGCUGCGCCACGCCGCGCCGCCCGACGCGCCGCACCACCACAGGGACCUGCUCGCCGCCGCCUUCGAACUCGGCCUGCAGGUGCUACGUAUGACGCUGUCGUCGGUGAACUGGCGGCGGCGCGAGAUGGUGCGCUGGCUGGUCACCUGCGCCACGGAGCUCGGCCUGGACGCGCUGCUCUCCAUCAUGCAGAACUGGUUCGAGCUGUUCACGCCGACGGAGGCGACGGGCCCGGUGGCGGCGGCGGCCAUGUCGCACGCCACGGCGCUGCGCCUCGGCCUCAGCUUCGACCAGCAGGAGAAGCUGAGCGCCUGCGCGCGCACGCUGGCGCUGCAGUGCGCCGCCAAGGACCCGCCGGGCUGCGCGCUGUCGGCGCUGUCGGUGUGCGAGGGCUCGGCGGGCGCGUUCGAGGCGGCGUGCGCGGCGGUGGGCGGCGCGGCGGCGCGCGGCGCGCUGGCCUCCAGCCAGCUGUUCGCGGUGGCGCGCUACAUGGAGCAGCGCGGCCAGCCGGCGCGCGCCAUGCGCCUCGCCACGCUCGCCAUGCGCAACCUGCACCUGCACUACAACCAGGACAGCCACCCCGCGAUCGCGGACAUCCACUGGGCGGUGGCGCUGGCGCACUCGCUGGGCCGCGCCGAGCUGCAGGCCAUGCUGCCGCUGCUCGUCAAGAACGUGCAGUGCGCGCCCGUGCUGUCAGAUGUGCUGCGUCGCUGCUGCGUGGCGGCGGCGGGGUGCUCGCGCGCACGUCCGCCUCCGCCGCGUCCGCCGACGCCACUGCGGCCGCUGCUGGAGGCGGCGCUGCGUGCGUACGCGUCCACGACGCACGCGCGACUGGCGCACAUCUCGCCGCGACACUACGCCGACUUCGUAGACUUCCUCGGCAAGGCUCGAGACACAUUCGCGUUGGCGCACGACGGCCCGCAUCAGUUCGCUGCGUUGCUCCAAGAAAUCAAACUCAAAUACAAAGGCAAGAAGAAACUCAUGUUCCUCGUCAAAGAGAGAUUCGGUUAAUAGACACAGAUCUGGUUUACAUAAUUCCAGUCCAGUGGAUGAAACCAGCGCUGGAAUGAAUAUAAAAACAUUUAAUCUUACACUGAAAACCACUACAUUCUGUGUAUUUUCAGUUGUCUAGCGCUGGAUUUGAUCGCUGGACUGGAAUGAUGUGAACCGGGUAUCACUGCGGGUUUGUUCUGUUCUCAUAUAUUUCUGUCUCUGUUUUAUCAAUAUAAAUGAAAGAGACGAAUAUAUACAAGUCGAGACCCGCAGUAAAAGUGCAUAUGCACUCGUAUUGUUUUGUUUAUGUGCAAUACAUGUAUAUAAUAAUAAAUAUUCGCAGUAUAACAGUUAAUGGAACUGAUAUCCACUUUCAUACAAAAAAAAAUGUUCGUAGGGCCAGUUCGAUUUCAGUUGGCACGUCAUUUACAAGAGUACCAAUAUGAUUCACGUGCCAACUGCAGAUAUUGACUGAAAAAUGCAAAAUACAUUCAAAAUUGUUAUGGCAACACAGCAAUGCAAUAGACAUUUGUAGUAUAAUGUUGCCAACAGGUCUCGUUUUAAAAGUAUUAUUUUUAAUUAAUAAGUGAUGCGAGAGACGGCGUUUUGUAAUAUAUCAAUGCAAUGAUCUCAAAUAUUCCCUUAUGUAAAUAGAUUUCCUGUAAAUAUAGAGUAAAAAUAGAAUAUAAAUUAGUAACACGAUUAAUGUGAUUGUGUAUGUAAAAAAAUGUGUGUUAAUAUCAAUUCUUUAGUGGAUAGAUAGAACGCCAUUAGCGUCCCAUAGCAAGCAACAAACAUUGACCUCUAUAAAUGGAUAGGCUAUAAAUUAAUUCCCUAUUUGAUUAUCAGCAUUUUAUUUAUUUUGAUAUUUUAAACUCUAACAUAAAUAUUCAACCUUUCAGUAAAUGAAGCGUUUUAAAAACUGUUAUUUCGAUGAACCUAUCUAUAUAUUGAGGUCAUUGUUGACACAACACCAAAGAAGUUAAAUAUAAGUCAUUCCAAAAGUAAGCCAUGCCAUCAUUAUUUCAGUAUUUUCGAGUAUUUCAGUUUUUUCUAUGUUUUAAGUUAACCUCUUUGUAUUAUUUUUGACAUUUAACCGCCAUUUUGCUUACG